AACAAUAAGCAUCAGCCAACCAGCCCUCUGUGUAGUGGGCAACUUUAGGUUUAUACUAAUACUUUAUUCUCCUGCUAUAAUAAUGAGCCGUCACAAUAAUGUGCAUUUCAACCCCUCAAUGAACAGUCAAGCAGCGAGUUCGGGAUACAACAACAGGCCGUCUGAAAGAGUACCCCACCCGUUCAUAGAGGCCAUGAAGCGUGUGAGUUCAGCAGACAACUCAAACUCCAGGUCACCAGACAUGUCAGCACAGACAGCUCAGUCCUCUGCUGGGAAAUGGAAGUCUUCAUUCCAGCCACUUGACAAACAACGUGGCAGCUCUCAGGGCGAAGGCACAGAAAAGACUGAGCUUUAUGACCCUGACAGUCCUUUGUUGUCAGACUCUGAGACUGAGAUGUCACAUGUUCAUGACCACAGGCACCCUUCACCCAAUCAAGAACAUAACCUGAAACGCCAACGUUUAUCUCCGGGUAGAGGCUGUCUCAACAGUAGACACUGGGACUCAUCCUACUCUGAGUCCAGGAGCCGGUCCCUUGACAGACCUGAAUUUAGUCCUGGAUGCAGACCCACAGAGAGUCACCGUCUCAGUCCUGGGCACAGACUUCCUGAACGACGCGGUUAUAGCCCAGAUGUUGAGUCACUUGAUCGUCCAGGUUAUGGCUCCAUGAGUGGUCCCCUGGACCAAAGAGGUCACAGCCCCAACAGGUUUAUUCACAGCUCUACCACCCAACGGUUUCCUGCAUCUUACAGAGCUCCUAUGUCCAACAAGGGGGAGAGAAUGACAUCGCCAGAAUACAGGAGAGAGAUGACCACUACUGUUAGGUUAUCUCCACCCAGGUUACAGCGGGGCUAUCAACACCCGUUAGCAUAUGUGGAACCAGGACUGGACCGAGACCCAACGUCCACAAAGGUGACAAGGAACAUGAGCAACGCUGUAAUAAUGAACACGCACCCCAUCACCUGUGACCUUUGUGAUGUUGAGGUGUCCAAUGGGCAGGAGCUGGAGGAUCAUCUGGACAGCAAAAGUCACUGGGACACACUGGAGCACAUUCAGCAGGGCAAUAAUUAUGAUGAUCUGUCUAUAGCGUUCCUUCAGAUGUAUGUGGGUGGGCUUGUCUGCAUGGUGCUUUUAUUUCUAAAGGAAUUCAUGCUACGUAAGAGUCAUCAGUCUAGCCGACCCAUUGAGGACCACAGUGCGCUCCAAGCUCUGCAGAAAAAUGACCACAUGACGAAGGUGGAAAUGUUCCAUUGUGCAGCCUGCAAAGUCUUUGUAUCCACAUCCAAAGCCGAAGUGCAGACUCACAUCACCUCUGAGGAGCACAUGUUUAACACGAAGGAGUUUAAAGUGCGUCAGAGACAGACUUGCCUCAGCAAGGCAGAGACCAUGAUGGAGGAGCUGACACCGCAGUUUAAACACUUCCUGGAGGGUGGCAGCCCGUUUGAAUGAAUGUCUCCAAAAUACUAUUUGCACUGGGAUGCUGUACGCUUUCACCUGAAGAACCAUGUACCUCACAGUUCACAAGCACAUUUAAUAUCCACUACUAAGAUGAGUCUAGUCCAUUUGAGUUUGUACAAUAAUAUGAAGAGUUUUGUUUCUUUACUCAUACUUUUGUCUAUUUACUUUCAGUCCAUGUUUAUAUCAAGUACAACUGUUCUCAGAGCAUCAUUUGGUUACCUUUAGAAGAAAAAAAGAAAUACAUGUUUUGUUUUAUUUGUAAUAUUUCUUAUCCAUUAUGUGGUUUAUGGGUAUAAAAACAGAUUAGAAGUCCA